GCAAUCAAUGGGACUUCGGAUAAAUACACAUGCGUCCCUGAAUCUAGCCUAGGACACUCGAUUCUCGCAGAGGCUGCUGCACCGUCGAUUUUUGCUUUCCUCAAAGUCUACGUCGUAUUGUUUUCUUCUGACGACGCUUUGCUUCACGCUUAUACGCGCGGCGAUUCUUGAUCUUUGGAACCUAAUGCGAAGGUUGGCCGAACGACGGACAGGAGUUCUCAGAGCCAUCGGAUCCUGUACACUCCGCUAUCCGAUUUGGAGGACAUUGUGCAUCAGGAUUGUGUUUGUGAUAUCGCUAUCGCUAUCGCGAUAUCGGUGCAUGUGCACAUGUACUAGUACUUGAAACGCCGCAGAUGCGCCGGCUGAUAAUUAUUUUCUCUAUUGAUAGUACACUGUGGUGUAGACUCUGCGUGUUCAACCAUCGGCUGCUUUCGAGAAGACCACGUCCAACUACCGCCCCUCUUCCGUCCAGUGCAACUGCAGGUGUGCGACGCGGCCUGCGAAAUGAGUCGCUCCGCGAUUCGCAAACGGUUUUCGGACCGCUCGAAACAGCAGGGUCCCCGCCGCGAGAAGAAGCAGCAACUGUCCGGCCUGCGAUCCGUCAUUACCGAGGCUUUCUGGUGCGGUGAAGUGUCGUUGAGCGCUGAGGAACUGGGCCGCGGCUCCUACGCAGCGGUCUACCAAGCGCAGCACAAUGGUGUGGAUGUGGCCGGCAAAGUCCUGUCCGAGUCCGUGUUGCCCACGGCGGAUGACGAGCGGCGCGCCUUCCUGCAGCGCUUCAACGAGUGCAUAGCCCUGUGGGGUCGCCUGCGCCAUCCCAGGCUGCUGCACUUCGUCGGUAUCGGCUUCCACGCCACGCCAGAGCAGCAGCUCUACCGACUCUGUCUGGUGCACGAGCUGAUGGGCACGACGCUAGAGAUGCGCAUUGGCUGCGACCCUGGCGACUCGCCCACCCAGCGCAUGGCCUACCUGGCCGAUGUUGCGGAGGGUAUACGGUAUCUGCAUGCCCGCGGCGCUGUUCAUGGUGAUUUGAAGCCACGCAACGUGCUGUUGGCGGCAGGACGUGCCAAGAUCGCCGAUUCCGGUCUUGCACACUUUCUAGUUGCUGAACAGCAACGGGAGCCGGGCAGGGAGUCGGUCGAAUUUCCCAGACUGAACGUGUUCGACUCGUCACUCCCCUACCUAGCCCCUGAAUUCUUCAGCAGCGCAGAUCCUGUUGGCCGGUGUGAUGCGGCGUUCGACAUCUUCUCGUGCGGCGUGAUGAUUCUCGCAGUACUCACCAACAAACAGCCAUCGCCCACAGAGCAGCGGGGCCGGGUGAAUUCGUCGGAAGGCGGUGCAGAGCGACCGGUGCCGGAAGUGCAGCGUCGAAAAGCCGAUCUGGACCUCCUGGGUGAUGACCAAGCAUUGCGAAGCCUAGUGCUGUCCUGCCUGGAUGACAGCGCAAGCUGCAGACCAUCAGCUGAAGUGCUGCAUCAGCAUAUCCUGGAUGCCAUGCACUCUAGUAAAGUAGCAAGCACGGUUCAGUCGCACCUGCAGGACGUGUGCAGCACGAUCAUCUCGCGUCUGGACACGGCCAUGCAGAGCAUGAAUGAACAGCUGACCAUGCACUUGGCCUUCACCGACCAGCGCCUGUACAGCAUCGAGGAGCGCAUGCGAGGACUGGAGAUGAACGUGGACGCCAUCGCACAGCAUCUCAAGCUCAACACCAUCACCAGCGGUUCGUACAGCCGCGCCAGCAGCACGACCAGCCUGCAGGCGGCCAGCCUACGCAGCAGAAGCAGCAGCUUCGGCACGGCUCCGGCCGCUGGAGAUCACGCACAGGGCUACGACCGGAUGCAGCUGCCGUCCGCCGCACAGUUCCGUCCGAGCAGCAGCCCCAAGCGACACCACCACGGUGUUCCCGCCGAGCAUCUACAUCGCCAACUGACUUACUCUCAGGCACAACAACGCCUAGUACCGCCACUACAAUCAUCAACCGCGAAUGUCGGUGGCGGUGGGGGAGAAUCACGGAACAUGUCCCGCUCCAGUUCGUCAUCGUCUCUGGGUGCCCGCACGGUGGGACAGCAUUCGCAACCGCAGGCCAUUGUGCCGCCGUAUGUACGCCGUGACUCCAAGCCCGGCACUCGUGAAGUCAAGAGUGUAGAGUCGUUUGCCUCCGUGAUCAGUGCAACGUAUCAGCCACACUUUGGUGCCUCGGUCAGAGACGCAGGAAUGUGGCGGGACAUCGGCAAAAAACCGGGAGAGGCCUUUUCCCACUCGGCAGCAGCGUCACCGCGCAGCCCGAUGGCCUUGCGCAAGCCCAGCGGCGGCCACAGCCACGAGGAUGUGCCCGGCUACGCCGUGGAGACGCUUCACGAACUGCCACACGACGAGUCGCGCCAGUCUCCGCCACCGCCGCCCCUCCAGCCGCUACAACAGCAACCGCCCGCGCCCCGAGAAGUUGCCCCUCCGCUCGCGACCAACAUUGUGGUUGCCAACGCAACGGCGGACGGUGCCACGCCUGUCGCCAGCCCCACGCCACCAGCGUCAAUGUCGGCCGCGGCAAGCCCGGAAAUCCCAAAGCCGCCGCAUCAACUGGCGGAUGAGUCGCAGGACGAGCCCGAGUCCUCGCCUGCUGGGCAGACGACAGAGUCACCCAGCACCAGAACGCCUUCACCCAGAGACCACCGGAGUGAUCCAUCUCAAGCAACCUGUCAAACGAUGGAAACAAUGUCCAGCAAAACGAUGGAGGAAGGAAGAAAUAGUAUACCGACCCUCCGCCUUCGGGGACAGCGGCGAUCACCCAGCACCAGAAAGAAUUCACGCAGAGACCGGAGUGAUCAAUCGCAAGCAAUCGCCGAGGCGAUUGCUUCUCAAGGAAAUGAUGCAGAGGUUCUUGAUGCUGUUCAAGGUCCGCUUAUGCUGCCAGUUGCUUUGCCGGCCGAUGACACUCGUGUAAGGCGGGUUGCAAAUGAAGACGGCACCAGUGACAGCAGUGUCAUGCUGAAGAGAUGCCGGCGUCUCUUUGGCAACGAACUCAGACAAGUACCUGAGUGGCGACGGGAGUGCGGGCUGCCGGAGAACACGCAGUACUACUGCGAGAUGCCGUGUGUGCACGAGGGUCGGUUCUACGCCGGCUUCAGCAAGCGUAGCGCCGGCAAUCAGCAUCACGCUCAGCUCUACUACUACAAACUGGACGCUGGUGGCCGCAACACACACACCAGUGGUAUGGCUUUCAGCAACGACGACAACGGGAGAGAGACGUCCGAAUGGACACACGUGCCGCUGCCCAAAGGCUACUGGUUUCGCCAGUGCUACUUCUUCGUGCACCGCGCUCGUCUGCACGCAGCGCUGAUCGAGAUGAGCCCGAUGAGUGUCUAUCAGAUAUUCCGGCACGACGCAACCCCGCAUGGACGCACGUGGACAUACGUGACGCAGCUGCCGGACAAGCGCUACCUGUUCGGCCUGGCCGUGGUGGGCGACAAGGUGGUCGUGAUCGGCGGGCGCGGCGGACGCAACAUCGUCGACCCGUUGCUCAAGACUGUGUAUUCUACGACGCUCUCCGUAGCAGCAGGCAACACCAGCGCUGCCGGAGGCGGUGGUGAUAAUGACACCACUGGCGGUGUCACCUGGACCAGUCUUGACGACCUGCCGCAGCCGUGCGCCUCGCCGCGCCCCGCCGUCUCCCCCGACAACCUGCUCCACGUCCUCGGCCACUUUGGCGUUGGCAGCGGCGCCAAUGGCCUCAAGGUCACCGACAUGCUCACCCUGGACAUGAAGGCAAGGGCGGCCGACCGACGCUGGAGAGGCGACGCGGUGCACAGGCUGCCGCUGAGCCGCGCCGCAGGCGUGUUUCUCGGCAGCGCGUUCGUCGUGGCCGGCGGUCUCAGCGAGCAGGGCACGACGACGGGCGUGUACCUGUACAAUGCCAGCACCGCUGCCACUACCGCCACCAGCGAUUGGGUGCAGCUGCCGUCGCUGGUGACUGCUCGCUAUAUGGCACACUGUGUGGUGCACCGCCAGAGGCUGUACUGCUUUGCGGGACACGACGGCGCAGCGAUCAACGACAUCGAGGUGCUUGCUGCGCCGCUAGCGCAGGAAGCAGCAGAAGAGCCGGUCCUGGUUUGACAUUGAUGGUGACGCGCCAGGGUUGCCCUGGCGGCAUACAUUGCCAUUCGAUUCUCCCGCGACAGCCAUUGCAGGGUUCUGUAGCGUCCCCACCUGAAGAGCGUGGAGCCCCAAGGACGUCCAGCCUGACAUGCUAGGUUGGCGGUGUUGGCGUGUGAUCAAGGACGGAUUUUUCUCAGAACGCAACCAGAUUGCUGAAAACGAAUAAGAACGCGCGAGGCUAAUCCCACGGAAACGACGUUCUUGGAUGCGUGACUCUACUGCACUGUGGACAGUACAGAUAGUGGUCACACUGAUAUGACCGGAGGAUGCACCCAGUGUGCUGACAGUGCUCAACACCGCGGCGGAGGCAGAGCGUAAUACACAGAACGACAAGGGCAAUCAAGGCUUGUUUGUCGCUACUCUCAGUUUCAUUAAAGGUUGGUUGUUCCAACGAGGAACACACCCUUCUUGCUGCUAAUACCGCCGAAGUCGCAACUUGUAAGGUCUGAGUUACAUGCUUACGCAAUCAUCAGGCCCCAGUAGUCGCACUGGUAUGAGAUAGCCACAACACGAUAGCAUGCCUGCACAUGGCUUGGUGAGCCGGUCUGGAACACUUCUAAACAAUGGAUGCCGUGCUCAACGAUGCAGCAGUACCCCGGGAUUCUGUAACCGGGGACACGCACAAACCCAGCUUUUCUUACAAGUCCAGAAGUUCAGUAUCGCGGCCAUGCGUGCAUUGUAAUUGCCAAUACAGAACAUGACUGCUGUGUUGUACAUGUACGAUGAUUCUGCAUUAAAAGGCGUUUCUUUCCACUUGAUCAUUGAGCCGUGGGUGCUGGUCACCUCCACGUUGAUGAAUAAGAAUUUAUUUUAUUUUUCAAGAUACUGUUAACCGCCCAAUAUUCGCGUCACUAAAUUUUCGCGAUUUCGUAGAACCAGCGCGUUUGCGAUAGCAAAAGUUCGCGAAGCACUGGGGCCACCACUUACAUACACGCACUGUUGAAGUUAGAUUUCACGCUGGUUAAUAUUCGCGUUACGCUCUUCUCGCGAAAAUAGCGAACAUUAAUCCGUCGCGCAUAUUAGGUAAUUUACAGUAGACUAGAAUGGCAAGUGUGUAGAUACCGUAUAGCUGUGUUCACAUGCAGGGCAGCCAUGUUGGUUCCUGCACCAGUCAAUCCUGGCCUCCAGACGUCUAGACCAGGGAGUCGUGAAAACCCUUUCAACCAUGAUUCAACAUUCAACUGAAAAUCAGAAAUCGUACUUUUGGGCACUA